UUGAUAAAAACAAUCUCGACAACAAACAACAUUAUGGGCAGUAAGACUAGGAUACUGGUCUAUGCUGGAUUGGCACUACUCUCAAUAUACUUUACCUAUGAUCUCCCAGGUUCUUUAAAUUUUGCACUCAACUUUGGGGCAGGAACUGAUGAAACAAAAAUCAGUCUUUUAUACUCCUUCUACGCAAUCCCAAACAUCGUUUUGCCCUACUUCUUCAGCUAUCUUGCGAGCUGCUCAAAACACGGACUACUGUGUUUGCUUUCAGUCUUUGUCCUAUUGGGUCAGUUAACCUUCACCCUGGGAAUAUACCUAAAUCAAUUUUCAAUAAUGCUUAUCGGACGCAUGUUGCUAGGAAUCGGAGGCGAGUCGUAUUCUGUUGCACAAAAUAAGAUAAUUAUGGAGGAGUUUAAAAUCAAUGAAUUGACAGGCAUAAUGGCGUUCUAUAAUUCAUGUGGUAAAAUUGGAACAAUAUUGACAUUUCUGCUAACUCCUGUUAUUGCUAGCUAUUUUGGUGCCUUGGCGGCUAGUGGGUUUGCAUUGGUUUUGGUGUUUUUUGGUUGCUUUUCAUCAUACAACAGUUAUGCCAGUUAUAAGAAGAUUGGACUGGUGCCAAGCCCUACUGAGUGUCCAUCAAUCGACGCAGAAGAUGUUGUUGAUGAAAAUGUUGCUAUGGUUCAAUGGAGAAGUCCAGGAAGAGGAGCAAGUGGCUGGGUUUGCUGGCCGUUCAAGCUGUUAGUGUUCAUUUGCUUUAUUUUUGGAUGUGUUUGGUCACCAUUCUACAAUAUUGCACCGAUGAUGUUCCACAAAAGAUAUAAAAUGGGUAUAAACACUUCAAGCUAUACUGUUGGCAUUAUUGAGGGCAUUUCACUUGGGAUUCUCUUCGCGGUUAGUCCAGUUGUAGGAAAAAUAGGAAACAAACUUAACCUUGUAGUCCUAGGCUGCUUAAUAUUGAUUAUCGCGCAUUUAGACAUCGUUCUUUGCAGUGUAAAUCCGCUUCGAGCUAUUUUAUUGCUAGGGAUUGCCUCACCUCUUAUAUCAUUUUAUUGGUCAUGUCUGCCCAGGCUCGUUCCUGAGAACAAGCUAUCUUCUGCAUUUGCCAUACUUUUCUGUGCAACUAACCUUGCCUUUGUUAUUUCACCAUUGUGCGUGGCAUUUCUUUCAAUUAAAAACACAACGUACUUGUUGGUUGAAAUUUAUUUAAUUAUACUUUCGUGCAUGUCUUUGAUCGCCCUGCUGAUAUUACUUUUCUUCAACGGUAAAUACGAUCUGAAAUUGAAUGAUGUAAUAGGUUGA